GAGGUCUUGGGUCACUGGUACACAUAAACACAAGACGAUGGCACCUGUUAUUUUCAUUCAGGCCCAUACUAAUUGGAAAAUUCGGAAGUUGUAUAGAACCAGGAUGUUUUUAGAGAUAGUAUUUAUUUGAUGCACAUACCAUUAUAAGAAUGGGUUUGAAAAUGGGUGCCAUGUUGCUACGCAAAAGAGCUGCGUUUUUGCUUUUGUUUUUUGCUACAGCCAGUGUGGUUGUACCAAGGCCCCAAUCAUUUGAGAAUAAAGAAAGGGAGGCUGUGAUGAAAGAGAUCAAGGGACUGUCGUCGGUUAUCAGUUUGAUAAAUGUUCCAGAAGAUGACACACCUAAAGACUCGAUGGAUGAGGAUGAUGACGGUUCUGGGGUGGCAGUCAAUGCGAAAUGUCGUGAUCAAGUGGAACAGAAGAAUUCUACGGUUAACGAAACACAAGACAAGCCAGAUCUCGUUCAUGCGAAUUUCGACAGCCUUUGUAACUUGACUGAAAAUGGAUCCAUCAAAAAACUCCCAGUAUAUCUUGUCGGUUGGGGGUUGAAGGAUGAUUGUGGUGAAAUAAACACAAUACCAUAUAGAAGGUUCAGAAUGGAAGAAUAUAAAGCCAAACAACCAAGAUUCGACAUCCCUGGCAUGUGCAUUCCUUUGAAAGGCAAAGAAAUGACACUUCUCAUGGUUGAUCCAGAUGCACCAAGCAAAAAGAGCCACAGAUGCAGAUCAUGGCUUCACUGGAUGGUUGUCAACAUUAAGAAAGGAAAUGUGAAUAAUGGCAAAGAAAUAAUUAGCUAUAAACCACCAAUGCCACCAUAUGGAAGUGGACCACAUCGGUAUUUCUUCCUCUUAUAUGAACAAAACCACCACAUCAAUGAGAUUGAUGACUCAGAAAACAACAUGGCAGAGCGAUGUGGUUUCAAUGUCAAAAAUUUUGCUGAAGAUAAUUCAUUAGUUGGACCAGUUGCUUUAAAUAUGUUUUUGACUGAGCGAAAAUCAAAAGAAGAUGACAAACCAGAUGAGAAGAAAGACAAAAAGAAGGUUGGUAAUAAAUUAGAUGUCGAAGGAAAGAAAAAUAAAGAUAUGCAAAAAGAGAAUGUGAAUGAUAAAGAUGUUCAAAAAGAGAAUGUAAAAGAUAAAGAUGUGCAAAAAGAGAAUGUAAAAGUUGAUGAUGACAAAAAAGAUUCCAAGCAAAAUGCAAAGAAAGAAAAUGAUAAAGAUGCAAAGAAAGAGGGUGCAAAGGACACAGAAAAGGAUAAAAAAGAUAAAGGGGCAGAGAAAAAGGAACCUUAAUUGUGAAAAAUAUGUUAGUUACCAGAAUCUGUAAUCAAAUAUGCGGAUAGGCCAGCAGUUUUAAUAGUAGCUGUUUUCAUAAAUGUUGCCACCUUGAUUUUUUUUUUCUGAAAAAUAAAGUUCUUAGAUUCUUCAUAACUAGUUAAUAAAUAGGCUAUUGCAGAAAGUCUUACAAGGUAAUAUGUUUGUUAAUACCAUAACAGAUCUAAAUUAAUUUUUUGAUAAUUGAAGGUGCCAAGAUGUAGAAAGAUUUUAAUACCAUUUGUAUACUUUUUGAAUAUAUCAUAGCAGUAGUAAUAUUGUUCAAAAUUUCAUCACAUCCUGAUAAA